CUUGGCAUUCAGUUAUAGAUAAUGAAGAAUCAUCGAAAAGUACGCUAUUAUUAUUUUAUUAUUAUUUUUUUUUUUUUUGUUACCAAUAUGUAAUCAUUUUUAUUAGGUUCACAGAAAAUAGUUUAUUUUAAACCUGAAAACACUGCUGAAGUUCUAAAUGGUAUAUAUAUUAUUUACUUUUUGUAGUAAAAUUUGUAAUUUGUAUUAAUUACUGAUUUCUUAAUAGGUUUUCAAGCAUUUGAUUUGGACACAUAUUGGAUUAAACGUUUGUACAACAAUAUCACCAAGUCAGUGCCGUGAACUUUGAAUGUAGUGAAUUAUUUAAUAGAAAUUGUUUUACCAGACUCGCCCAUAGUUCACAAUGUAUCGAAGACACAUGAACACUCACGCAUAUGAUUAGUAAAUAUUGUGUCACAAAUCGUAGAAUUAAAUUGGUGUCGUAUGUCUACAGACACUUUGAAUGGGAUGGGAGGGGAUAUAUGGCAACUAGUAGUUAUGUAGUGUUACUUAGUAGAAAUGUUUUACAAAUACCAUUUUCAAAAUAUUGUUAUUGUAUGUGAGUAUUGAUUAGUUUAUUGUUGUUUCCUUUAAUGUGCUGUUUUAUUUAUAGUUAUUAUUUUUAUUAUUAUUGUCUUAUACAAAUUUAUGUUGUGAAUUAUUGAACAAGACUGAAAUUUGUAUAAAAAACGAAAAUUACUUAUUGUGUAAUAAUUUUAUUUUUAAAAUCUAUCGUUUGAACAUUAUGAGAUGUAAUACUAUUUUUAAUUUGUUAAAAUUUUUUACAUCAAUUUUGAGUAUUGAUUUUUGCCUCAUUCAUGUAAAUUACUGUUUGUUUAUGAAAACAAUAUUUCUUUAUUGAUCUUUUUUUUUUUUUUUUUUUUAAAAUACUAUUUUAUGAAUGUUAAAAGGAAAACACAAAACAAAUCUUAUUUCAAUAAAAAAGAAAAUUAUAAUUAAUUUUGUAACUUUUGGUUGCUUUUUUAAUAGCAGGAUAGUUCCUAGAAAUUAAUAUAAGUAUAUCAUUUUAAUGAUUUGUUUGUCAUAUACAUUGCAAACUUCCAAGUUCUAAAAAUACAUAUGCUAAAAGUUUAUUAUUAUUAUUAUUUUUUGGAAGACCAAACUUACACUUAAAAGGGUCAUUGAACUGAUGUACUAUAGUGAUAUAUUUUUUUUUCAUAAAAUUGUUGUCUGUUGAAACUAUUUGUUAUUAAUGUACAAUAUAAGUAUAUUAGAUGCUAAAACUAUUUUGUCUAAUUGUUAAAAGUGAAUUAAUGACUUAAUAUAUUUUCUUAAUUAGGCAUGCAGUUGCCGCAUACAGAUUUAAUAUGCAAGUGUUUAAUGUAAAAUUGAAACAUUGUAAACUAGUAUGCUUUAUUUGAACAAAUAAAAUAGUCAUUUUAAGUAAUAUUUUGUUUACAUAUUAUAUUUAAAUCCUGGUACAUUCCAAUUAUUAAUUUACAAAAUGUUUUUCAACCUAACCUGUGUAAUUAUUAUUUAUAAAACAUGUGAUACUAUGUUAAGGAUAAUUAUUAAUCUCAAAAUAAUUAUCUAUACUGUAAAAUAAAGUAGGUAAAUAAGCAAUCAAUUUAUUAGAUAGAUUAGAGUUUUGUUUUAAUAAAGAUGUCACAAUUUUUUCUGACCCAAGGAUGAUCCAUCACUUCACUUAAAGGUAAUCUGUUUUUAGGAAUUUUAACCAAAAGUUUGGAUAUCAAACUUCUAGCACCCUCAGUCAUAUGAGGUUUAAAACCAUAUGUUACAGCUCUAAUUUUUUUAAAAGUGUCCUUCUGUUCUACACUCUCAAAUGGUGGUGAACCACAUAGGAACUCAUAACAUAACACUCCCAAACACCAGUUAUCCACAAAUUCAUUAUAUGUUUGGGAGUCAACCAUCUCUGGUGGUAAAUAAUCAAUGGUGCCACACAUGGUGCUUCGACUUUUAGAUGGUGCAUGGACAGACCACCCAAAAUCUGCCAACUUGAUAACAUGGUGACUAAAUAAUAGGAGAUUUUCUGGUUUUAUAUCUCUAUGAAUAACACUUUGCAUAUGACAGUACCUUAGGGCAUCAGCUACUUGUCGUAUGUAAUAUGCAGCUGUCGGUUCAUUGAAACGUUUAUUUGGCUGAUUGUUCAAUACUUUAAACAAUUCACCUUCUUGAGCAAACUCCAAAAUUAAAAAUAUUCUUUUUUCGUCCCAAAAAUAUGUAAGCAUUUUGAGAAUAUUAGGGUGAUUUAAAUGUGUCUGAAUUUCAAUUUCUCGACGAACUUGAUGUUCCAUGUGAUCCUUCACUAAUUCUGAUUUGAACAUAGCUUUUAAUGCAACCAUGUAUUUUGUAGUUUUUUCUCGGGCAAGAUAAACACGACCAAACUUUCCACGGCCUAGAGGCGUUCCAAUUUCAAAAUCACUGAGUUUCCAUCGGUGAUUUGGAGGACGUUGAGUACGAGUUUCUUUCAUAAUUUUUUCGAUGUUUAGAGCAACUUCAUUUUUCAGUCCACUUUCAGCCAUCUUUGUUGAUUAUAAACUCAAUCAGCUGUAGAUAUUAUAUAAACUGUAUAAAUAAGAACAAUAUUUUAUGUUAAAAUGCAAUUAGGUAGGUAGGAUAUAUAAAUACAAUUAAGUAAAUUUUGUAUUGUAAAUAAAAUUGUAUUUUUUUCCCAUUGACUAUUAAUGGAAAUAUAUUUUCCAGAUUUACAAAAAAAUAUUUAAAGCCACUUAGAUACAUAUUAGUGGAAAUGUAUUUUGUGUGUUAAAUGUUAGGCAUAGAUAUUUCCAUUUUAAGUAUAAUAAAAAACCCUGAAUAGUGAUGUAGUGUAGUUAAAAAAAUCAUACAAAUUUGUGAUAUAGAAUGUCAAAUGUACCAAAUAAAUAUACACAUGCACACACCUAUUUUGUUAACACAUAAGGUGUUUUAAUGUUGGGAAAAAACAGGGGGUAAACUAUUAGUGGAAGGUGUACAAAUAUUGGGAAAUAUGUUGUAAGUCCUUAGAAGUACUUGGGAGUAAGUGGAAGUACCAAAAUGAAAUUAUUAUUAUUUAACUAUACUCUAAUCAGAAUUAGAGAUAGAUAUUAAUAUAUGAACCUUUCAUUGCAAACAUGGAUCAAGUUUUACCAUUAUUAACAAUAAUAUUCUGUUAUCUUGACAACACUUUAAGUAAAGUGAUAAAAGGUAAUUUUAGAUUUGAUGAGCUUAUUUAAUUAAGACAAAUUUAUACAUUAAAUAAUGGAUAAUUAAAAACACCACUAAUAUUACAGGCAAAAUUGUAUACAGUAUAUAAUUUAAGGGUUGGUAUUGUUUUACCCUUCAACAGUGAUUGUCCAUUGCCUAAUGUAUUCAUAGCAAGAUUUGCAAACACUAUUGCACAGAAUUUUAAUUUUUAAAGUAGAACCAACUGUGGUGGUUAUGUUAUAAUGGCUAGACGAUUAAUAAUCAAAUAAAUCAUUAAAUGACAUUGACACAUCAUUUUGUUUAUCUAUUAAUGGAACAAAUAACUGUUUUUCAAAUAAAGACGUCAUAAAUCCCCAAGGAUUUUUAUUAUCUUCUAUACUAUUCACUUUUACAUUCUGCCUCUUCCAUUCUUCACCAUGCCAAGCUCUUGGAUAUUUGUCGAUGACAUGAAAUUAUAUCUCCGUAUAUCAACUCUCUCUCUGAUUGCUUGUUUAAGAUGACCAACAUUGUUUGGUUGUCUGGGGCGAGUCUUUCGACCUUAUUAACAAUGUUCUUGUAAAUCAAGUCAAAGAUUCCAUAAGCAAACUUGGUUUUAUCUUAACCCUAAUCCUCUUCCCCAAUAAGCUCAUAGAAACUGACUAGGUCUUCAAGCUCUUAGGCUUCAUUUUCCUCAAUUCCAAAUAUAUUCAAACAUUUAAAUUGCUUUACUGUACUUUAGUUUGCCCGAUCAUUGAAUAUGGGAGUCUUCAGGGACCCUCUAUGGCAUAUGCAAGUGCUUUGGUUGAGAAGGUUUAGUGACACUUUUUUUGUGUACUCGCUGAUAGAUUUAGUCUCCCUUAAGCUCCUCUCCCCUGGGUCUAUAAUUAGACUCCCUGUUUAAGGAUUCCAAAAUCUUCCUAGUCUCACGAAUGAGCGCUUAAUCUUUUUCCUAUCCAGUAUUCAAAUAGGUAGGUAAUACUGAUUCUCAUAAUUUUCUUUAUCAAAUGAACUUUGUAGUUUCUUCCCCAUAUCACUCGUGCAUCUGUCCCUUUCUAUAUUCCCUUCUCACUUUCAUCUUUUCUAAGUCAUCUUCUGGUUUAUGCACACCGCUAACUUCGACACCUCAAUCUUAAUUAGCCUAUAGUCAUGUUUCUUUCUCUCUUUCUCUUAUUGUCAGCCAGGUGUGAUUAUAUAUCAAAUUGACUAGGUUUUCAUUUGUUAUUCCUCACAUGUAGAAAAUAACAUUAAUUUCCAUAAACAAUUGUUAUUGUAUGGUAUAAUAGGUAUUUUAAUGGUAUAUAUUUAUUCAUUUAAUUUUAAAGUGUAAAUAUUAUUCAUAUUGAGUGAAAAACUUAUUUAACUUACUCGAUUUAAUCGUUAUUGUCCGUUGAUAUUUUUUGGAGGCUAUGAACAAAUAAAAAUAAAAAGCAAAUGUUCGUUCUUUGAUCGUCUUCGUCUAUGCUAAUCUAAUUUAACAUAAUCUUAUGGGCCAUGUUAUUAUAUAUUUGUACUCCGACUUUUAAGUUUUAAGUUAAUAUAUUUGAGUUUCGAUUUCGUCACUUUGAAGACUGUUAAUACAGAUCAGUAGUAUAGUAAUAGUGUACUCUGACGGUUGUCG